AUGGAAAAUUGGAGAGAAUCAUAUCUGGGUGCGUGUAAAAACCAUAAUUGUCCGAAUAACACCGUAUGUCGUGAAUUACAAGAUUCCUAUAAUUGUGAAGUUAUCGGAUGUGUUGGUUUUCCAGGUGUAAAUAAUAUCAACUCGUCAUCGUUUGAAGCUAAACCUUUGUGGGUGGUCAAUGAAAUGGUGGAGUAUGUUUGUGAACGUGGAUAUUUCCCGUCAAUCAACCCAGUUUGUACCGAAGAUGGAACGUGGAGUCAGUUUGUCUGUUCACCGUAUUUUAAAUGUGGUGAAAUUAGAAAAUGUAAUGAAAGUAUGGAAGAAAAGGAUUAUUGGUUGUAUAUUCCCGCUUACCAAACUCGAGUGAAAACGUUCUGUAAAUGGGGUUUUGGUGGAUACGUCAGCCUUCAACAUCUGAAUAUAGCGUCCUUCUGGAAAUACAAGAGAACAGGAACAAACUGCUCAAUAAGUACAAUAGAUGAUCCAGAGAACAUGGGAGCUGGAACGACAGAAUUGUGUUGGUUUUCCGGGUGUUAA